AUGGGCAUUGCUGUCUUAUUCCCUCAGAUGUCACAGACAAUCCUCAAGGUGAGCAAGAAGGUAAAGCCCAGCAUUUCUCGGGUAAAUCCUACCUGUGCUCAUGCUGGGUCCUCUCUUCCUGCAGCUCCAUGUAACAAGAGUCGUCUGGCCUCCAGUUCUGCCUCUUCAGAGACUGUCCCUGAGCAGAGGACCGGGGACCGGGGGAAGAAGGGCCAGAAGAGAAAGAGAUUGAUGGAUAUCAAGGCAGGGUCUAAGUCUUCAGUGCGAGCUGCAAGGGAAGAACCCAGGAUUUCCCAGCUGGGUCACGUCCAUGUUCACAUGGGAACUUUUGUUCCAGCAGCUACAUGUGAAAGCAGCCCUCCGGCUUCCAAUUUGCCCUCUGCAGAAGCUAUCUCCCAGUUGAAGUUCUGGAAGAAGAGGAGGGAGAAGAGGAACAUGUGGACUGUCAACCAUGUUGAGGAAACAAAACUCAGGAUGAACAAGAGGAGAAGACCCAGCUACCGCCCAAAGGACCAAGAAGCAUUCUACCGACUUCUGGAGGACCCUGUCAUCCAGAGCUUCUUGGAAGCUGACAUUUUCCUCAGAAUGUCUGACAAGUACCUGCUCUCCAUGGUGGUGGAGUACUUUGGCCGCGUGGGGCUGCCUGGGUACCUGUACAACAGAAUCUACUUCUUCCUGGCCCUCUACAUCACCUCUGACAUGGAGGACAACCCCACGUCCAAGCAGAGCAUCUUCCAGUUUCUGCUGGGCAAGGAGCACUGGGCAGACCUCUAUAAAGAGUUCCUGAAGCUGAAGGUGGAACUCUUCCAUGCCAUGGGGCACCGAGCCUGGGUCACCCCAGAGUUGUGCGAGGAGAUCCGGGCCCAGAAUCCACAUCACUGGGUUUGGAGUUGGGUGCACCAGUGUGCCCUCUAA